AGUAGAGCUCAGACAACAGCAUCAGUAGUUGAAUGAGACGGACUGAGAUCCAUACCGGCAAUAUUUCACACGACACAGCUGCUUCAUACAGCACCGGGCUUCAGUAUUCUCACGAGAAGACAAAAGCAAAAAAUCUGAAUAAUAAUGGAUGAGCAAAUAUACGAUACAGAUACUUUUUUGCAUUUCACGCUUCCAUUGAUGAACAACUAGGAUCUUUUUUUUCCUUUUGCAGCGGGGCAGGGAUCUUUCAUGUGCAAUUUGUCGGAUUAGUCGGACUCUCUGUUACAAAAUAUUCGUGUUUACAUUAACUCUUGUUUUUUUUUAAAAAAAAAAUGAGCGUGCAUUGGAUUCAUAAUCCUAUUCCGGGAAGACACAGACACAAGCGCUUUGACACAGAUGAGCCCGUAGCGAAAUGUCCCAGGCUCAGCGAGUCGUCGGGUGAUGCGGGUCUGCUGGGUUCAUCACCCGGAUCUCCGGUCAGCGGAGCGCCUCUGAGCGUCAGCCCAACCCAUCAGUGUCCCGCUCACAUCGGCCAGUUUCUGCUGGUGCCCCUGACCGAUCGACCGGGGGUGCACAGCGCUUUAGAUAUGGACACGGGAGAAGAACUGGUCUGCAAGGUGUUUAAUAUGGGCCAGUACCAGGAGAAAAUCAGAGCCUACAGCAUGCUGUCAAGGCAUAAGAACAUUGCACAGAUCAAAGACAUAGUUCUUGGAGAGAGCAAGGCCUAUGUGUUCCAGGAGAAAGAUUUUGGAGACAUGCACACCUUUGUAAAGAGCAGCAAAAGGCUUUCUGAAGACCUGGCCUCAAAGCUUUUCUACCAGGUGGCAUCGGCUGUGAACCACUGCCACCAGGGCGGCGUUGUUUUGGGGGACCUUAAGCUACGCAAGGUUGUGUUCUCAGAUGUAAAAAGGACCCAUUUGAAACUGGAGGGCCUAGAGGAUUGCCGUAUACUAUCCGGAGAGGACGACUCGAUGUUCGACACGCACGGAUGCCCGGCGUACGUGAGCCCUGAGAUCUUGAACGGCGGCGGUAGCUACUCAGGCAAGCAGGCGGACUCGUGGAGCCUCGGGGUUAUGCUGUACACGAUGCUGGUGGGCCGCUACCCCUUUCACGACCCGGACCCUGCAACCCUCUUCUCCAAGAUCCGACGGGGCACGUACUGCCUUCCCGAGGGGUUGUCCAUGAGGGCGCGAUGUCUGCUUCGCAGUCUGCUCAGAAAGGACCCCAGCGAAAGACUCACCUCUGCCGAGGUGCUCAUUCACCCGUGGUUCCACGAAAACACACAGGACACAGGAAACGCAGAACAGGAAGUCAACAGCAGAGAACAGGCAGUGCCCCAGAUUGAAGUCGAGCAGGACGAGGACCUUUUCUCCUGAGAAAAACAAUAUGCUGUAGCUUAAACAUGGACCAAACCUUGUCUUGGUAUUUGUUGUGUGUGUGUGUGUGUGUGUGUUUCAUUUUCUAAUACAUUUUUUUUUAAGAAGUAUCCUCAGUGAAUACUUAAAGUACUGUAUCAUCUGUGUCAGGUUUAGGGACAGCGUGCAGUCAGCCGGUAUAUUUUGAAGUCUUUUGGUGCUAGUGAACCGUUUUUGUUGCUGCGACUCGGCAUUAAUACGAAUGUCGACAUGGUGACUAACCUCACGGGGUAACAUAUUAGCUUCAAAGGAGGGGGAGGACAGACGUGGGCCACUUUAAACAUGCCCAUGUAUGUUGACUCACUCGUUGAAUACUGAAUAGUACCAUAGGUGCAUGUCUCCUGUAAUACAAGGGGACUGAAGAUCACAAGAAAAUAUCCAUGAAUAAGCUGUUGUAAAUCAGCAUUAUCGUGUGCCAUUGUCACUUAAGCCUGCCAAACUGUACAGGAAAGGCAAAAGUGAUAUCUCAACCAUUGAUCUUUAAGAUUUUUGGUACUGUAAGCUAUACUCAAAUAUCACUUUUGUACUACCAGAAGCAUAAAUGUGACGGUAAAGGACAAAGAUUUAAAAAUGCAUGAUGUAGAUUUCCAAUAAACAGUCUACAAAGCUACAGACAGAUACGGUAAAUAUUGUAAAUAAGAUCUCUAAGGAUAUUUAAUGAGAAACAUCUGAGACAAAGUUGAUACUUAAUCAAAGAUGUUACAUACAGUAUAAGCAAUACAGUUUUUCCCAAGACGAAAAAACCUUCAGUAGAUCCCUUACCCUGCUUUACCUUAAUCUGUUUUGUCCUGCCAGUCAAGCAUUCAAUAACAUAAGGUUUCAAUAUUGCAGGUCAGUUGUUAUUGCGGAUAAGAUAAAGACAAGAAUGACUCAACAGCUGGGUGUUGGUGUACAAAAGAGGAAUGGACUGAGAUUGCCAUGUUCAGUAUGACUAAGUCUGUGUAUCUUUACUCUUACUUUAAAGAAGAGAGAACAGUACAGUAGCAUAACUGUAAGGGCAGAGUUCCCACAGAGGUCUGUUUUUUUUUUUUUUGCUUCCUCUCGCAUUGUUACCUCUGAAUGCAGGCAUAAUAGUACUAUGCGACUUUUAUGCUUUCUGAAAGGCUCUUUAUAAGCAAAGCCUCUGUUAGUCUGGAGGGCAUGCAAAGUGUCUGUCUCAUGCACGCAGCACAUGGAGAAAGCUGACACGGGUGCACAAAGUUCAUAUUGCACUGUGAAUUAUGUAUUUGUGACAUAAACCUCAUGGGUUGACCGGGAGGGUGUAAUGGUUAUUCGUUGUAAAUAUGUACAUUUUAAGUUUAUGGAUGAAAUGAAAUAAAGAUCACAAUUUUUCUUAUUUAAACUGGC